AUGCCUAAAUCAGUGGCCUCCCUAAUCUCAAACUAUGCUUCCCCCUUAAUCUCAGGCUAUGCUUCCAUCACAGCAUUAGGGAUGUUGAUCCGUGCAGUUCUCAAAGAACUUAAAGACCUCAUUCCCGACUGGGUUAGAUCAUACAUAUACUCGAAACUCCGGAACUACUUCAAACCUCCUCCUCCAAAUAAUCAGCUAACUCUUGUCAUAAAAAAGAAAACUGAUAUGGCGCUCAACGAGGUCUAUGGCAAGGUAGAGGUCUACCUUGGAGCAAAGAUCAGUCCCUCUGAUACCCGUCUUUUACUGAGCAAAACAAACCGGCAGAAGACCAUGAGCCUUGCCAUUGAAAAGGGAGGCCAAGUUAUCAGGGACACCUUUCAUGGCAUUGAGCUCCAGUGGCGCUACAUAGCCAUAAAGUCCUCCAAAACCAACAAUAGUCCUGCUGCUAAAGAAGAAGUUAGCUAUAGGUUUGAGUUAACAUUCAAUAAGGAACACAAAGCCAAAGUGAUGCAGUCCUACAUCCCAUAUGUGUUCGCUCAGGCUGAUUCCAUUUGCCAAGGGGAAAGGGUUCUGAAGCUUUAUAGCACUGGAAGGGAUCACUAUGGGGGUUCUAAGAGUUGCAUAGAUCUCGUGCACCCUGCUACCUUUGAUACAGUGGCAAUGGAUCCAGAACUUAAGAAAAUGAUUAUAGAUGACUUGGAUAGGUUUGUGGAGAGGAGAGAAUUAUAUAAGAAGGUUGGGAAGGCAUGGAAAAGAGGAUAUUUGUUAUAUGGUCCACCUGGAACUGGAAAAUCUAGCUUAAUUGCGGCCAUGGCUAAUUAUCUCAAGUUUGAUAUAUACGACUUGGAGCUUUCUAGUAUUUGCAGCAACUCUGACUUGAGAAGGGUGUUGCUGUCUACUACUAAUCGUUCUAUUGUGGUCAUUGAAGAUAUUGAUUGCACUGUGGAGAUUAAAAAUCGGGAAUCAGUUGGAAGACCUGGUACUGCUGCAAGCAAGUUCACUCUCUCGGGGCUGCUCAACUUCAUAGAUGGUUUGUGGUCAUGCUGCGGCGAUGAGAGAAUAAUUAUCUUCACCACCAACCACAAGGACAAACUAGACCCUGCAUUGUUGCGUCCAGGUCGAAUGGACGUGUACAUUCACUUGUCAUAUUGCACGCCAAGUGGAUUUAGAACCUUAGCAUCAAAUUACCUUGGAAAUCAUGAAAGCAAUCCUCAUCACCUCUUUGAGGAAAUUGAAAGCUUAAUAGAGAGCACAAAGGUCACCCCUGCAGCAGUAGCUGAGGCACUUAUGAAGAGUGAUGAUGCAGAUGUUGUUCUUGAAGGGCUUGUCAAAUUCCUCAAAGAAAAGAAGGCCGCAGAUGAUAAAAAAAACUUAAGAAAGGCCAAAAAAGCUGAAGACGAAGUGAUUAAAGCAGAAGAGGAUGAAGGGACUAACGAAGGUUCCCUGCCUCCCUCAAACAAGGAUGUGAGCACAAACUGCUAG